AUGCUUUGCACUGUUUUCUCUGCGCAGAUGUCUACUACUACACUGAGUCUGCGUCUUCUCCACUGCUACUCAAAGCCAGGCACAUUUGGUCCUGGUGUCAUUCGCCCAUUCAGCCUCAGUGUGCAGCGAGAGGGCUACAAGUAUGUAAAUGCGCAGGAAGUGCCAACAGACCUGAAGUCCAUCACCGACCGGGCGGCCACAACCCUUCUCUGGACCGAACUCUUUAGAGGUUUGGCAAUGACCAUGAGUUACCUGUUUCGUGAACCUGCCACCAUCAACUAUCCAUUUGAGAAGGGCCCUCUGUCACCCCGCUUCCGUGGAGAGCACGCGCUCCGCCGCUAUCCCAAUGGAGAAGAGCGCUGCAUCGCCUGUAAGCUGUGUGAGGCCAUCUGCCCCGCUCAGGCUAUUACCAUCGAAGCUGAGACACGGGCUGAUGGCAGCCGGAGAACUACACGCUACGACAUUGAUAUGACAAAAUGCAUCUACUGUGGCUUUUGCCAGGAAGCCUGUCCUGUUGAUGCUAUUGUUGAGGGUCCAAACUUUGAAUUUUCCACAGAGACCCAUGAGGAGCUGCUCUACAACAAAGAGAAGCUUCUCAACAAUGGAGACCUAUGGGAGGCUGAGAUAGCAGCCAACAUAAAGGCAGACUACUUGUACAGAUAAAUCUGUACACAGCCAGCAAAGAUGUGUCAUACACGCAAAUGAUAUAAUCCUCCUUUGCAUUAAAGAUAAUAUUUUUAGCUUUAAAUAUAUUCCAGUGAGUUACAAAUGAGUAACGAAGCCUUGCAGCCUGAGAUGUUUUUGUCAGAAUUGAGAAAAAACAUAAACACGCACAAAUGUAAUCAUCCGUUCUGUGUUGUAACGAUGGAUGUUAUUUAUGUUUAUUUUAUAGCCUGUAACCACUAUAGUCUAUGCAAAGUCUGUGAUGCAAAGUUUCCU